AUGGCCCGCUUCAGCGCCGACGUGCUCGAGCUCUCGGACGACGAACAUGAGGAGGCUGUGGCCGAGCAGCAGCGUCGCGGCGCCACGAAACGCCAGGUGGGCCACCCCGCCCGGCGCCCGUCUAGCGAGGCGCAGAGCUUGCGCGGGCCUGCGCCGAGCGCCCGCAAGAAGAUGCGUCGCGUGCCGCCUGAGCCCACGGACCGCAUCACGCGCCAGCGAGGCCCGGCGCCCGCGCCGCUGCCGCUGCCGCCAGGGCGCCGCGACAAGCCGCUCACGGACGCGCAGAAGGUUGCGAAACUUGCCCAGAAGAACGCUGCGACGAAGAACACGAAGAGGUUAAAAGAAAUCGCGAGACGCGAAAGACAGAGCAUCCGGGCCGCGACGCGCGAGGAGAUCCCCGCGUUGCGCGAGUACCAUCGCACGUGGCCCUCGGUCGGCACUUACAUUUGCGAUUUGUUUCCUAACUCCAAAUGGACAGACCCCGCCUCGGACGAGCACAUGUACGUGCUCCAUCUGCCAUGA